GGAGACAUACAUAGACAUGUCAUAUGAGAUGUGUGAUUUGCAUAGGUCUUUCAUCUUUGGUAGUUGGGUAUACGACGCCGUAUGAACUUCUUCCCUCGCAAUUCUCUUGUAUACUCGCGGCAAUUGAUUGAUGCGUCUUUUUUUUUCCCCGAAUGAAGUGACGCACCUCAACCGCCGUUAGUGUUCACCAACGCAAAAACACAUCCGGAUUGUCGAAAGAAACGACAUGAAAACCAGAAAUCAAGCCAAGCGAAAGAAUCAAUCAACUGGUGAAGAGGGAGUACCUGCACAUGACCCAAAAGCAAAUGGAACUCUCGCUAAUACAUCACAGGAUGGUGUCAACAAGUUUCUGAAACAAGCUGGUUCACGCCGUUCUCGUGGUUCCAAAAAACAAGAUAAUCACCCUCUUAGUUGGGAUGAUGCUGAUAAGUUAAAGGGGAAGGAAAAACAAGUUAAUGACGACAGCUAUGCACAAAAUAUGUCGGAGGUCAAGGAUUCUAAGAACUCAUCACCUUCGAACAAAAAUGACGGAAGUCCUCAGCAAGCUAAGUCUGAACUGGAAGACGUAAUGGCUGAUUCAGAUUGGGAAGACGGAUCGAAUCCCAAUUUAAAUUCUGAAAAUAAUCAUCCAGGUUAUAUAAACAAGGAUAUCACUAUAGAGUUCGAUUCAUCACCCGGUGCAGUCAAGCGGAAGCCUAUACGCCGAGCUUCUGCCGAAGAAAAGGAAGUGGCUGAGCUUGUACACAGGACACAUUUACUCUGUUUAAUUGGACGGGGACGAUUGAUUGAUAGUGCUUGUGAUGAUCCUUUAAUUCAGGCAUCUUUAUUGUCACUUUUGCCGGCAAACAUGCUGAAGUUAUCGGAAGCCACAAAUCUCACAGUCGAUGCUUUGACUCCUUUAGUCAACUGGUUCCAUAGUAACUUCCGCGUUAGAAUUUCAAGCAAUGAAAGAUCCUUCCCGUUAGCUUUAGCCACAGCUCUCGAAACCCAUGAGGGGACUCCCGAGGAGGUGGCGGCGUUAUCUGUUGCACUGUUUAGAGCAUUGAAUUUUUCAACACGGUUUGUAUCCAUUUUAGAUGCCGCAUCCUUGAAGCCAGAUGCCGAUAGAUGUGACGAUAUGUCUCAAGGAAGAAAACUCGGUAAGGGGGUAUUCGACUCAUCAACGAUCAUGGUGACUCAAUCAAAUGAGGCGUCUACAUCUUCCGAUAAACACACUGCACCUGUUGGUGUUGACCAGAAGAUUGCAUCUGAAGCUUCUACAAAAGCUUCAAGCCAAAGGAAAAGUAAAAAGUCAGGUCAAAGUCAAAGUCAAAUUGUCUCUCGAGAUACAGACUCCACCGUAGUUGACCAGUCAAAUGAGAAAACGAUGGACCCUUCUUCUACGGGCGUAAAGAGAAAAGGGGAUAUUGAGUUUGAGAUGCAGAUGGAAAUGGCACUUGCGGCAACUGCAGCACAGACACUUGAACGCAAUCUCGACAAUGAUGUUAAAAGUUCUAAUAUUAGUUCUUCGAGUUUAUCUCCGUUCAAGAGAUUGAAGAAGAUUAAAUUUGAAGAGUCUCAGGAUAUUUCUACGGCGGUUGGAUCGAGAAAAAUAGGAGCUCCGUUGUAUUGGGCGGAAGUCUACUGUGGUGGAGAGAAUUCGACUGGAAAAUGGGUUCAUGUUGAUGCGGUAAAUGCUAUCGUUGAUGGUGAACACAAAGUAGAAGCCGCAGCUGCUGCAUGUAAAACUAACUUGAGAUACGUCGUUGCUUUUGCUGGUCAAGGAGCUAAAGACGUGACUCGCAGGUAUUGCGCAAAGUGGUACAAGAUAGCUUCUCAUCGAGUUAAUUCGACUUGGUGGGACGCUGUGUUGCGGCCACUUAAAGAGUUGGAGUGUAGAGCAACCGAAGGCACUAGCGGAACGCCUAAUAAUGUGAAAAGAGAAGAAAGGACAUAUCUUGAGGAUAUGGAGCUCGAGACCAAAGCAUUAACCGAGCCACUUCCAACUAAUCAACAGGCAUAUAAAAACCAUCAUUUAUACGCUCUCGAAAGAUGGCUUACAAAGUACCAAAUUCUUCACCCAAAGGGCCCCGUUUUGGGAUUUUGUUCCGGUCAUUCUGUUUACCCGAGGGCUUGUGUACAAACACUGCACACUAAAGAGAGAUGGAUGAGGGAAGGGCUACAAUUAAAAGUCAAUGAACUCCCAGCGAAGGUGUUGAAGCGGUCAACAAAAGUCAACAAAGGGAAAGUUCCCGAAGCCGAUGAAGAUGACGAAAAUGAUUGUGCAGGGCCCGGAGGGACUAUCGAUCUUUAUGGAAAAUGGCAAACAGAACCCUUGUGCUUGCCUUCUGCGGAAAACGGGAUCGUGCCAAAGAAUGAUCGCGGGCAAGUAGAUGUGUGGUCCGAGAAGUGUUUGCCUCCGGGAACCGUGCACUUAGGGUUUCCGAGAAUCUUUGCUAUCGCAAAGAAGCUGGAGAUCGAUUACGCACCUGCAAUGGUCGGGUUUGAAUUCCGAAAUGGCCGUUCCUUUCCUGUAUAUAAUGGCAUUGUGGUGUGUAGUGAAUUCAAGAAUAUAAUUCUAGAGGCAUAUGCGGAAGAAGAAGUGAGAAGGGGAGAAGAAGAGAGAAGGAAGAACGAAGCUCAAGCCAUAUCGCGGUGGUAUCAGCUUCUUUCAUCUAUAAUUACUCGACAAAGAUUAAAUAAUCGAUACGCAGAGGGAGUUUCUUCACAACCGUCAAAUGAUAUUCAAAAAACGAAUGAUGCGUUUCAUCAAACAAGUGAGGAUGUACAGAAACCGAUGUCUGACGAAGCAAAUGAAGAUGUUGGUCAACCUGAUGUUGGGCCGCAACCAUUGUUUGAAGAAGACCAUGAGCAUGUGUUUUUGACGAAUGAUCCUGGUUCGGAUGUAGAGAGUUCCGUUAGGAUAAAACGGUGUCAGUGUGGGUUUUCAAUUGAAGUUGAAGAGUUGUAGUGACGGUUAUCCAUGUUUCUAAAAUCGUUCUUGUUCUUUUGGUGAAAAGUUUGUAUGCCGAAAUCCGAAUGUUAAGAUACGACGACCAUAACCCAAGAUAUUUAACAAAACACAAGAAACAACCACCCCCA